UUGCCGACUUGUUCAUGAUCAACUAGAUUUACCGUACAAACAACCUUUGGUGUAAAGAAAGCAAUGCCAGAUCUGGCCACCAAGGAAGGGCCAUGUAUGUCAAAUCUUCCAGCGGAAGUUAUCGCACUGAUAAUACGUUCGAUAAACGACAUAGCAAGUGCUGAUCGAUUAAGGAUUGCGUUUGCAAAUGUGCUUCCUGAGACAUCAAGUACAAUAAGUCACGAAAUUGCGGUGUUUGAAGCACAGAAUACGUUCCGAGAGCUUGCGAUGCAUCCUCACGAAUGUUCAUCUACGUAUAUCACAAGAAUAGACCGUCGUACCAUAUGUUUACCACAUGGUAUUCGGUUGUGCUAUCUGGAUCGGUUGGGCUACCUACUAGCAGGUCGCAGUAAAUCGCAAUGCGAGAUUCUCAAAUAUAUACACUCCUGGAAACUGAUCACCCAAGCACUUGAAGAAGGGCAAAAGGUGGGCUGGACUUGGUAG